UACUGUCUACGUUUCUUGGAUAUUUUCAUGUUACACGUUUUGAAGUGAGUGCUUUAAUAUUACAAAUUCCCAAUAUAAGACGAAAGAAAAUAUUGUAAAAUGCCUUAAAUUACAAUCUAAAUUUGGAUGGAUUUCCAAGUUAGCUCAAUCAAAUUAGAAGGCCACCAUAUUGAAGAACAUAAUAAACAGAAAUUUACAUAUUUAACUACAAACAUUGAUCAAGAUAUCAUUCAUACCGAAAUGGUCACAAUACAAAUGAAAAUGCCGUUAAAUAAUACAAUAAUAAAGCUUAACAACACAGAACAACAACAAAAACAACAGGCUAUGACGUCAGCGCAACAAGAACAACAACAACAAACUGAACCUUUAACAUCAUCAUCAAAGCUUGCAACAACGAAAAACGAGAAUAACAUAAACACGCCAUCAUUAUCAACACAAGCACGCAUUAUAUUUAAAAAGUCACAUACAUGUGGCAGUUUAUUUGCCAAGUGUCAUUGUGACGAUAAUGUCGAACAUUCUAAUUCUAAUGAAAAUUACACGACGUCAAACGAGAGCAAAGUUCAUCUUCUUAAUAACAAAGACAACACUAACACGACUAAUUAUCUUUUUAAUUAUAAUCAACAAACUUCGAAUAAUAAGAAACAUAGUAAUAACUUAUCGGAGCCUGUCCAAUAUCCGGUACAGAAUACAUUCAUAUCGAAUCGUUCGAAUUCAUUAGACAGUUUUACAAUUACACCAACAACACCAACACCAACAAUCUGCGAUGAAGUGAAUAACAAUACAAUUGAAACACGGAAAAAUGAAAAAGAAUCAUCUUACCCAACAUUGGAACAUUUUGCGAUUGCAAAAAUUUGUCAAGAUCAUCCGGAAUUGUGUUUAAAACAUCCAGAAUUUCCAUUCCCAAUACCACCGAGUGAUAAAAAACUAUCGAAAUUAGUGAAUGAAUCAACUACAUCAACUGGAGGAGGAACAACACCACCAUUAAAAAAUAUUUCGCGAAGUGAUGACGUGAAUAAACGUAAAAUUAUUGAAUCACCACCUCCAUUAAGUUUGUCACAAAUAUUUGAGACACGCGAUUAUGUACCACCAUUUCAAGAUACAUUUCCAAAAAUAAAUUUACAUAGUAAGUCAAUAAGUAAGUCAGAAGACGAUCCAGCGAAUAUAUAUUUUAAAGAGUCUGGUAUUAUUGGACCAAUGGGGAACGGAGCAUCAACGGUGAUACGUAAAAAUUCUAAGAAUUUAACGACAUCUUCAACCGUUACCACGGAUUGUACAGCAAUGCCUGUAAAUACAAUACGGAAAAAUUCGAAAAUUAUGAUUGAAAAUGUGAAAAAACGUAGUUCGGUUAUGUCGGAAGAUUAUGAAUAUUUAAAAACAGUUGUACCACAUUUACGUAAAGAAUUACAAAAUUGGGAGGAUAAAGCUAAAUGUUUGGAAAAUGAAAUAUUUGAAGUAAGAGAAAAGUUACAAAGAAAAGAUUCGGAGAUUUUGAAACUACAACGUGAAAUUCAUAAGCUUAAGAGCGUACUGCAACAAACCACAUUAACACAAAACGGUAACGAUAUUUUAACUAGCCUUCAAGAACGCCAUGGCAUGGCAAAUCGGUUAUAUAAAACACAACCAGGUGCUGUUUCGGUUCCGAGUAAUAUAUCAACAAGUCUUAAAAAACAAGGUGUGUCAGCUGAAUCUAGUGAUUCUGCUCAACAGGAAGCAUCCGAAAUACAAAUUACACGUUAUGACAAAGAUUUUAGAUCUAAACAACUAAUAAAAGACGCAAUCAUGGAUAAUGAUUUCCUAAAGAAAUUAGAUGCAUGUCAAGUACGUGAACUUGUCGAUUCAAUGUAUCAAAAGGAUUAUGAAGCUGGUUCAUAUGUGAUACGUGAAGGUGAAGCUGGUGCACAUUUGUUUGUAUCCGCUAAUGGUGAAUUUGAAGUGAUUAAAGAUCAUGUUGUACUUGGUAAAAUGGGACCGGGCAAAGCAUUUGGUGAAUUAGCUAUUUUAUAUAAUUGUACACGAACAGCAUCAAUACGAGUUAUUGUCGAUUCAAAAGUAUGGGUCUUGGACCGGCGAGUAUUUCAACAAAUUAUGAUGCGCACAGGAUUACAAAGAUUACAAGAUAACAUCAAUUUCCUUCGAUCAGUGCCUUUAUUACGUAACUUAAGCAACGAUGUUCUAGCAAAAAUAGCUGACGUUUUAGAAGUGGAAUUUUAUCCAUCUGAUGCAUAUAUUAUUCGACAAGGCGCUAGCGGUGAUACAUUUUUCAUAAUUAGUGGUGGUACAGUUAAAGUAACUCAACGUGCACCAGGUCAAACAGAAGAGGAGGAUAUUAGAAUAUUACAACGCGGUGAUUAUUUUGGUGAACAAGCAUUAUUAAAAGAAGAUUGUCGUACGGCUUCCGUAAUUGCACUACAUCCUGGUGUUGAAUGUCUAACCUUGGACAGAGACUCAUUUAUUCAAUUAAUUGGUGAUUUAAGUGAAUUAUUAGAAAAAGAUUAUGGAGAUGAACAAAGAGCAACAACACGACCAAAUAGUUCGUUAAAUGUGACUGCAGAAAUCGGUCAAGAAUAUGAACACAUACAAUUGGAUGAUUUGGACGUAAUUGCAACAUUAGGAAUUGGUGGAUUUGGGCGAGUUGAAUUGGUACAAUAUGCGUACGAUCGAAAUCAAACAUUUGCGUUAAAAUGUCUUAAAAAACAGCAUAUUGUUGAUACUCACCAACAGGAACAUAUUUAUAGUGAAAAAAAUAUAAUGAUGAACUGUAGAAGUCCAUUUAUUUGCAGGUUAUACAAAACUUUUAAGGAUAACAAAUAUGUAUACAUGCUGUUGGAAGCUUGCCUAGGCGGUGAAGUAUGGACAAUUUUAAAAGAUCGCAGUUACUUCGAUGAUCAUACAACUAGAUUUAUUACAGCUUGUGUUAUUGAAGCAUUUGAUUAUUUACAUUCAAAAGGAAUUAUUUAUCGUGAUUUGAAACCAGAAAAUUUACUGUUAGAUAAUAAAGGCUACGUAAAAUUAGUUGAUUUUGGUUUUUCGAAAAAAAUUGGUUUUGGUAAAAAAACUUGGACUUUCUGUGGUACACCAGAAUAUGUUGCUCCCGAAACAAUAUUAAAUAAGGGUCAUGAUAGAGCGGUAGAUUAUUGGGCAUUAGGUAUAUUAAUGCAUGAACUAUUAACAGGAACGCCACCAUUUACAGCAUCUGAUCCUAUGAAAACUUAUAACAUAAUUUUAAAAGGAAUUGAUAUGAUCGAUUUUCCUAGGCAUAUUACAAGAACAGCGCAAAGUUUGAUCAAAAGACUGUGUCGUGAUUCGCCUUCUGAACGUCUUGGUUACCAACGCGGUGGAAUUCAAGACAUCAAAAAACACAAAUGGUUUCAAGGAUUCGAUUGGGAUGGUUUAAAAAAUAAAACAAUGACACCACCAAUUGUACAAAGUGUGAGAGGACCAUGUGAUACAUCGAAUUUCGAAGGAUUUUCAAAGGAUAAUGAUAUACCACCUGAUGAAUUAUCAAAUUGGGAUGCAAGUUUCUGAUUAGAUAUAUUAUUAUUCAGUAAAUUUUAAAGAAGGGACAAUUGCACAACAAUAAAAUAUAAUUCAGUAUUUUUAUUGAACAUAUUUAUAGAUAGCUCAAAUUUCUUGGUAUCGUCAUUUAAUAUUGGCUUUGUCUUCCAAAUAAUAUGUGUCUUAUCGAGCACGAACGAAAUGAGGUAGCAUUACAAUUACAGUGAAACUUGGUUAAGUGAAAUCUGGAUAAGUGAGAAACCUCCAUAACUGGAACUCGUUCUGAGGUCUCAACACUUUGGCACUGAAUUAUCUCUGCUAGUGGGAAAAAGCAAACAUAACUGAGACAGUGAGUGAAUUUUGUAUGCAUUAGACUCUGUAACUGAAAACUUAGAUAACAUCGUUUUGUUUAUUUACUUACGCAUUCUUAUUUUACCCGCAAAUUCCGCACUUAACUUUUAGUUCUGCUUUACUCUCAUAUGGAUGUUUAUUUGAAAAAUGCCGAAACGAAGGCCCAAAUCGUUAUCAGUACGUGAAAAACUGAAGUUAAUAUGCGUUUAUGAAAGUGGGAAGACACGCGAUGAAAUCUGUGUCGAAUUUAAUGUGCCAAAAUCUACUCUCUGUAGAAUAAUUCAGAAAAAUAAAACGUGUACCUUUUUCAGAAUAUCUUGAACUUGCUAACAUGGGUAAAGCAAUUGCGUAACAAAAACGUACCGGUAAGUGGACUGAUGAUUAAAGAAAAGGUACAGGAUUUCGCGGAAAGGAUCGAUAUUCAUAAUUUUUGUAACAGCAAUGUUUGGUUGGAAUAUUUUAAAAAUAUUCCAAAAAUAUAUUGUUGAUGUUAACAAAUGUAGGUAAUGGAUUAAGCCUGUCAGUUCUUCUGCCUACUUAUUCUGUUGAUGACAUUUUUAACGCAGUCGAAGCGGAUUUACUUUAUAGUUGUCCUUUCUUUUUAUUUAAUAAUCGCACCUCUAUAACUGAAAUAGCCUGUAUUCUGAUCUUGAUUAAUGGAACUCUCUGUAAAUGAGGCGGAUAUUUAUUUAUGCCUGGAUAUCUGAGACACUGGGUAAGUGGAAUAUCUCUAUAAAUGAGACAAAUUUGCAGGCUCCUUGAUGUCUUACUUAAUCAGGUUUCACUGUAUAUGUUAAAAUUGACAAAGUAAAGCAAUUUAUUACAUAAAUAAAAUAAUUUACAACGAACUGAAAAAAUAUUGGCACAAAAUUUUUUACGAAAUUGAAUGCUCAAACUCGAUAGAGUCGUUUUAUAUUAAAACAAAUUUAUGGUUUUAAAUCUUUGAAUAGCAUAUGCCAAUGAUUUAUUCGCGUUUAAGUUUCCUUUUUGAAAAAUUUCCAGAAAAAAUUUUAAGCGAUAAAAUAGGGCCAUAAAUCAAGAUGGGCAACACAUUUUUAUAGUUUAUCUUCUCAAACGGCUAUUGAAUUGUUUUUUUCUAAUUUAAAAUGUUCAUCUAUCGAUUAUCAGUUAUGGAGUAGAGUGAGCUUUUCAUUAAACUUGAAAACAUAGAUCAAGUUUAACAUCUGCGUAAGAUGUGCACCUACACACCCAACAUGUUUUGCUUGGAGCAUUUUUAUCAAUAAAACUUAUUUUUCGAGUUUCAAGCAUAUGCCAACUUAAAAAGUAAUAAAUAUCUACAACUUUUGUAUUAAAAAAAAAAAAAAUUUUAAAGUAAUAAAUUUCCACAAUAUUGCAAUUUGACAGAAAAUCAAUAAUUAUGAGGAAUUUUAAAAACAUUUUGAAAAGUAAUUGCCGACUCUAUCGUGUACCUACAAAUUUUAACCAUAUAAAUAAACUUCAACUAAUAAUGCACAAGACUUUGAACAUUAAAGUCAGAGAAUAUAUCGGUAAAAUUAAAGCAAAGGCAAAAAAAAUUGGAUACUUCUGGUUUAUGUUAGACUGGAAACAAAUUUAUAUACUUCUGCGGUUAUUGUAAGUGUCCUUCGUAAAUGUAAAAUGUAUAACUCCCUUUUUUAUUUAGUAUAUAUUCACGAUAUAUUACUUUUGUAUAAAAAUUAUUUUAAAGAGUACGAGCCUGUAUUUAUAAAGCGCGGGAAUAGAUGAGUUAAAAUAGAUUUUUAUUAUUUCACUUAUAGAAAGCACUAUUAAUUAAUGGUAAAUUGCUUCGUACCCAAAAACUACAAAGUACAAGCUUUCGAAUGAGUUGCACAUCAUCUCGAUUAGAUCAUUGGGCUCAGCGAUAGGUACAGCUGUUUGGAAUUUCAGGAAAAAUAUUUGAUUCUUCUUAAAAGGGGUGAUUUUUUUAUGGCAUUUUUGGUAGCUUACGUAAUCGAAGUUAACUUAUUUCUAGACCUAACUAAAUUAUAAAAUAAAUCCACAUAUUUUGUAAUAACGAAAGACAAGAAAUUUUUUAAAUUAUUGUCAAAUUUUAACUAAAAAUUUAUAAACAUAUGACUAGAAUUCUAAAUAUUGUCCGUCCACUUUUCACAAAUUAAUCAAAAAUUU